CUUUAGUAAUCAAAUGAUAACUACAAGAAGAAGAAAGACAUCCUGACUUUUCCCAUGCUUCAUUUUUCUUUUGAUAACUGUUAGUGUUAGUAUAGCGUGAAUAAAAGUAUUGGUUUGCUCAAUUUUUUUCAUAAAAAGUUCUUUAAGAAGUAGAAUAGACAACUCUUGAACAUGUUACUUUUUAAUUUUUCCAUAGUCUUUGCUAAAAAUUGAUUAUAACAUAAUUCUUAAAAGGUUCCUAUUUUAGGAUUUGAGUAAACAGAUGGAGAUUGAGAAUAACCAUAUACCACUUGAGAAUAGCUUCCUACAAAAACUUAACAAUACCGGGCCAAUUAAGUCAGAAAUUGUCUAGACAUACCCAGUAGCUCACUAUCCAUAAAUCACUUCACUGAUGUUGUGACUCCAGGUUUAUGUACACAUGCAGUUGUAUCUAACUUCAUUGAUUGCAAAUAUUGAGUUGUCUUUUACGCACAACCAAGUCAAAUCAAAUACAGUAGCAUAAAAUGUCAGUUUUUCGAACUUCUCUGAUGUCAUACAGAGCAUUAUCACAACUUAAACAUUUCCAAUGAUGCCAUGUAUUCCUGUGUCAUGACGUUUUUGAUGGUCAUCGUCAAGACGGAAGAAAUUAUGAGUCACGGUAGUAAGAGCAGAGUAAACUGGUGGUUAGCUUUCCUAGAACUACAUGGAAACUACCUCCUAUACUUUUCCAUAGCUACCUUCCAGCUAAAUUACCACCCAUUAGCAAGGUAAACAAGCACCAGGCAGAUUAUGCAGGACUGGUCAAAUACCCACUUAACGUGGGGAUAUAAAGCAAAGGAAAUAAGCAAACUCAAACAAGUGGCAAGACUGCCGGACACAUCGGGUAUGGAAAGAGGACACCUGGUUCAUCAACAAGACAAAAGACGUGAGAACAGCAUAGACUUUUUGCUCGCAACAAUCUCUUCUACAGCAUCUCAAGAAAAUUGUUACUGGUAAUACACUUCACGACAAGGCAGGACAUCUCUAAAUCAAGGCAAGGAGCAGGUAAGCUCCCAUCUUUGCUGUCUAGUGAGAACUGCAUAUUUGUCAAAGGAGCUUUACCAACGAUAAGGAAGACACCUGAAUAAAGUCCAUGUUAUACGACUAAGAACUGAAAAGUUCAUAGAUUCAAGAACCCAUUUCUGAAGGAGUACAAUUACUUACAAGACAAACGAGUAUGUCUUCAUGUCUGAGAGUUGCUAACUUUUCAUAUCUAAAAAAUGACUCCAUCCAAAAUGCAACAGAGGGGUGCAAUGGUGAAACAGAAUGGACAGAUGAACUCUAUUCGAGCACGCAAACAAGGAUAGUGUUGCUAGUGUUUGUAAAUGGCCCUAUAUGCCUGAUCACACUGAUAGGGAACAGCCUCGUCAUUAUAGCCGUUACUGUCACACGAAAGCUACAAGUUGCUACCAACUUUUACAUCGUCAGCCUGUCAGUGGCAGACCUGAUCAUCGGUGUGGUUGCUGCAACAUUCCAUAUCCAUAACACAGUCCAUGGGCAUCCACUUGUGACAGAAAACUAUGGAAGCUGCUUGUUCUACUGGAUCGCACUCAUCAGCAUCUUCUGCGCCUCCGUUUUCAACCUGCUCGCCUUGUCCAUCGACCGCUACAUAGCCGUCAUGAAACCGCUACACUACCACAACAUAAUGACCUGGAAGGCCAGGACAGGACUGCUAGUUCUUGUGUGGCUGGUGGCAUGUGGUCUGGGUUCUUUACAGCUAUUUGGCCUGUGCUAUCCACAACAGUUUCUGAAGACGGGAGAAUGCAGUGUGAUGGACAUAUUCGACCACUACAGCGUAGGUCACUUCUUCAUCACCCCUGUCUUCAUCUCACUGGUCUGCAUCAUUGUCAUGUACGGUCUGGUUUUCCGGGCAGCUCGAAGGCAGACCCAAAGGAUUUCAGCCGUGCAACCAAUGAUGACAAUAGAGCAACGAAAGCAGAACGUAUUCCUUGGCACUAUGAAAGCUGUCAAAACGCUGAGCAUCAUCUUGGGCUGCCUGCUGAUAUGCUGGCUGCCGAUGAUACUAAUCAUGUGGCUCACCAUUAUCAUUGGAAAUACAGGCUUGGAUCCAAAGAUAUUCUUUACUCUAGUGUAUACCUUGCCUUUUACAAAUUCUGCUGUUAACCCUAUUGUGUAUGCCUACAGGGACAAAGUAUUUAGAAAGUCAUUUUACAGCAUUUUUUGUAAGAUAUGUAGAAAACAGGGACAGGAUAACAACAUAUUGGCUCACAGACAAUCGUCUAGAGUGUCAAGGAACACAGUGGGACAUAUAUCACAAAUUGAACUAGAUACCAUUUGUUCCAGGGUAAGUUAGCUCCUUCUAGCUUUGAUCAAGGGCUAGUUAAUCUUUGAGAAAAUCAGAAAACAUGAGCUGGCAACUAACCAAUAUGCAGUAUAGUUGCAAUUAAUUCAACUGCAGCGGGCAUAUAACCCUGCUAUAGUAAUGUGAAUCACAGUAUUUUUACGCUAAUAUUGAUGUCACAGUGGUGUACAUAUAUAUAUCAUAAUCAGAACAUCAAAGGCAUCAGUAGUAUCAAAUUUCAGACAUGAAUCCAAAAGAACCCAUCCCUUAUUCAUUAUAACUAUGGGCAGUUCUAUUCAAUGUAGUAAUGUGUACUGUGGAAUACGGCAUGAAUUCCCAUUACUGAGUACUUUCUGACAACAGAAAUAGGCUUCUGAUAUUUUGUGAUAUAACAAUGUCUUUCAAUUCAAUUCAAUUCAUAUAAAAUGCUGCUUUGAUAUAAUGGAUGUUAGAGGCCUCUAUGCACAAGUCAAGGCAGAGAUUGUGAUGUCAGGAUAGACAGAGAUUGAGUAACUUUAAUUUGAGGUUACAAAAAGUAUCUAAAAUUGAAUGCAAUUGUUUUUAGAAGUUCAUAGAACAUAUGUUGUUUGUUGUGUUAUAGUGAGUAUUGUAUGGGAAAAAACUGCCGAUGUAGAAGUAAUAAAAAAAGCUACUGGCAUUUCUGGUGUUAACUUUUCUUCUAGAGCAGAUGGGAAAAUGGUCAGCCAUUAGGCCUGCUUGUGUCAACAUCCGUUGGUGAGAAGUUGGGUGUUGACACAAUCAUCAGAUAUACAAACUGCUGAUGUUAGCUCUUACAUGGAACACAGAAAAAUACUUACACGAUAAAGGAUGGACUUAGAUAACAUAGCAACACUCCAAAUGCCAUGCAGUCAAACUUCUACAAGUGACUACUACUACAUAUAAGGACAACCAUGCCAAUGUGACCACUUUUUGAUGGUCCUCUAGUUUUUUUUUCAUCAACAAAAGCAAAAAUCAAGUUUAUAAUUACCCCCCUUCCACAUAGAAAUUUCGGUGGUUGUCUACUUGGGUAUUAUUUGGUAGGUUUUGACUGUAUCUUAAGUUGUUACAUAUAUAAAUCAUAAAUUCCUAUUUCCCAAAAGACAGACACCUAUAGAUGAAGAAAUACGGAUCUACAUACACAACAAAGAUGAAACUUA